AUGGUAGAAAAUGAUGCAACUAUGUUAAUAAACGAUCGCUCUCAUAGAGAUAAAAGAACUUCAAUCUCUUCUGAUGAUUAUUUCAAUGAUGAAAAAAUUGAAAAUGAAGAUGAGGCUAAGUCACAUCUGAAAAAUUACUCAAAGGCCCCAUCUAUUUCCUCUGCAGACUAUUUCAAUGAUAACUGGAAUCAUUCAAACGAUUCUUUUCAAAACCAUACACUAAAUAAUAAUGAUUUCAAUAUACAAAGUGACAGUGCCAAGUAUUUUAGAUCAAAGAAAGGUCACCGGAUGAAAACCAAUGAAGGACUCAACAGAGUGGAAAGUGGAUUUGACGUAUUUAGUUCCAAUAGGGAGCAGGAUUUAAAUAUGAUCAAGAAUAGUGUUCAAAACGGUGCUCGUAGAUUGAGUGAUUAUUUUACGGGACUAUAUGAAGGGAUGAAGCGAAUAUAA